UGAAUCUGAACCUUCUGAAAGGAUGCAGUUGUGCUGUGAAUCCAUCAAUGGCUCCUGCAUAAAGAACAGCUGGUCAAUCAGCAUUCGCAUUUCCAUGUACAUUUUCAUGCUGUGUGUGAUCCUGGCUACUAUGGCUGGCAAUCUGGCUGUUAUCAUCUCAGUAUCACAUUUCAAGCAGCUCCACACUCCUACAAAUUUCCUUAUACUCUCGAUGGCCACUGUAGAUCUCCUUCUAGGCUUCUGUGUCAUGCCUUACAGCAUGAUAAGAUCUGUUGAGAACUGCUGGUAUUUUGGAGAGUUCUUCUGCAAAAUCCAUACCAGUGUUGAUAUCAUGUUGAGCACUGCUUCCAUUUUCCAUCUUUCCUUUAUCUCAAUCGACCGUUACUAUGCAGUCUGUGACCCACUGAGAUACAAAACCAAGAUAAACACUUGUGUUAUAUUAAUCAUGAUUUUGAUUAGUUGGAUAUUCCCUGCCUUGUUUGCCUUUGGACUGGUCUUUUUGCAACUCAACUUAUUAGGAGCUGAAGAAACAUUCUACAGACUCAUUUAUUGUGUGGGAGGCUGUUUUGUCUUUUUCAAUGAAACUUCAGGUGUGGUUGCCUCCAUGAUUUCCUUCUACAUUCCUGGAUUUAUCAUGCUGUUUGUCUAUGGGAAGAUAUACAUAAUAGCCAAAAGGCAAGCUAGAUCCAUUACAGCUGCUAUGAACCAAAUGCAGAUAAGAUUUCAACUAAAACAUCACAUCUCCCACAGCAGAGAACGAAAAGCUGCAAAAACAUUAGGUACAGUGGUUGGAGUUUUCCUGAUUUGCUGGUUCCCAUUCUUCUUCUGCACCAUCAUGAGUCCAUUUAUGAAUUAUACAAUCCCACCCAUCUUUAUUGAUGCAAUGGUUUGGUUUGGUUAUUUGAAUUCAACAUUUAACCCAAUUGUUUAUGCAUAUUUUUAUUUAUGGUUUCGAAAGGCCUUGAAGUUGAUUUUAUUGGGAAAGGUUUUUCAGCAGGACUCAUCUAGGACUCAGUUAUUUUUGGAGUAA